GCCACAUUGCUCCAGGAGCUGCCGCGUACGCAGUUUCCAUGGGGACUGAACAUGGCGCCGCGAGGUGAGACUCCGGAGAUAAAAGGUUGUCCUCAACCCCUCUGGAAGUCCUGUUCUUUCUAAAUGGGUGGUACUAUGCUACCUAUUUCCUGCUGGAGCUCCUCAUUUUCCUGUAUAAAGGUCUCUUGCUGCCGUACCCAACAGCCAACCUAGUCCUGGAUGUGGUGAUGCUGCUCCUUUAUCUUGGCAUUGAAGUAAUACGACUGUUUUUUGGUACAAAGGGAAACCUCUGCCAGCGAAAGAUGCCCCUUGGUAUUAGUGUGGCCUUGACCUUCCCAUCUGCCAUGAUGGCUUCAUAUUACCUGCUGUUGCAGACCUACGUGCUCCGCCUAGAAGCUAUCAUGAACAGCAUCUUGCUCUUCUUUUGUGGCUCAGAGCUGCUGCUUGAGAUGCUCACGUUGGCCACCUUUUCCAGUAUGGACAGGAUCUGAAGUACAAGAAUUCCAGCUGGUAGCCCAUCAGGGUGACAACACAUCUUUCUGGUUCUUCAGCCACACUUGUGAAAAGUGGUAGGUCAAGUUGGCCUGGGAAAGGUUGUGUGGUUUUUCCUCAGCACAGACAUUUGGGCAUUGAGCACCUACCUGAGGUCAGUGGCAUCAUCUUUAAACCAGGAUCAUCAACAGGAGACACUGACCUUUUGUGGUAGGGAGAGGCAAUGCUGUCCCCAUCUUGAUCUUUCUAACAGCUCAAGUUCUCUUCCUUGGUCAUCAUGGCCAGAGUUCCUUGUGUGGACCAUCUGGGCUUGUUGGGCUGAGCAGGACCUGAGCCACAGCACUUGUACAUGUACAUCGUCUGCAUGAGCAUGAAAAGUAAUGCUGGUGGGCUCCUGGACUGAUUCAAAUACCCCCAACCCCAAUGCUCAGAGUGGAGACCCAGAACCCUUUUAGUAGUUCAUAGUAUUUUUCUAUUCUGAUCAUGAAGCAAACACGAUUUUACAAUAAAAAUUAUUUUCUGA